CGAUGUUUCGGUGGUUCCAUCUCUAAUGCUUGGACGACUUCUUUUACCGCGUUUUCGACAACUGGCUAGAAUGACUGGAGGCACACCCCCUAAACGCUCGCCCUUGUGGAUCGGCACUCACAGCGGCACCUUUCACUGCGACGAGGUGGUGGCCUGUUUCAUGCUGAAACAACUGCCCGAAUACGAAAACGCACAGAUUUUCCGCAGCCGGGACGACAAAGAAUUAAGGGAAAAGUGUGAUAUUAUUGUUGAUGUAGGAGGCGAGUAUGAUCAUGGGAAGAAGUGGUAUGAUCACCACCAAAAAACCUUUGGAGAAACACUAAAAAGUGUUCGUCCUGAACUUGGCAAGGAAUUCGACGUUAUCAGGCUUAGCAGUGCUGGCUUGGUCUAUAGCCAUUAUGGCGAGAGAGUCAUCCAAAGCAUAUUGCAAAAGGAACGGGGCAUUCAAUUGACUCCGCAGAACCUCCACUUAGCCUUUGUGCAGAUUUACAGGAACUUUAUCAGUGAGCUAGACGCUAUCGACAACGGUGUCCCCAUGUUCGAGGGAGGAGAACCAGUGUACAAGAUUUCCACUCAUCUUUCCGCCCGGAUAGGAAAACUGAAUCCCUCCUGGCACGAGACUGGCGUGGAUAUUGAACAGAGGUUCAACCAGGCAAUGGAUGCCGCUGGUCGGGAAUUCGUUCAGAACGUAAUAGAAGUUUCCUGUUCCUGGAUUGCCGCCAGGGAUCAUGUUCGCGAAGCUUUGGAACUGGCAAAGAGUGUUUAUCCUUCCGGCGAGAUUCUUUUCUUAAAGACGUUCUGCCCUUGGAAGGCUCAUUUGGCAGAUCUAGAGAAAGAAUACCAGGUUGAGGGUUUACCCAAGCUAGUGGUAUUUAAUGAUGGAACUAGUUGGAGAGUCGCUGGGGUGCCUGUGAGUCCUAGCAGCUUCCUCGGGCGCAAGUUCCUUCCCACACCAUGGCGAGGAUUGCGAGAUGAAGAGCUAUCUGAACUGGCAGGAAUAAAAGACCUUGUCUUCGUUCACCAUAGUGGUUUCAUUGGCGGUGCUAAAACCGAAGAGGCUGCCAUGUCAAUGGCUAAGAAAUCCAUUGAGUGGUCCGAGGAGUAAAUGUUAAGAAGUUAAAUAAUAAAAGUUGACAUUACUGUUUCAAUAAAGUGAUUCUUAAUACAGCUAUGACGUUGAAACUAAAAGAA